GUUUAAGGAAAACACUCAGAACUUCAUCAUGGAGAUUCGCAGAGAAAAAUGAGAAAAACAUAAAUGCAAAUCAUGAUGGAGCAACGCAAAGCACACUGUUCAGAAUCGCUAUCCGUUUCGCGGUGGCGAAUCAGUCGCAUCCCAUAACCAUAUUGGUCAAAGUUUGCUUGCAUUGUGUCACCACGAUUGUACUCAGAUCAGAUCAUGGCUCCUGGUGGGGUCCAAAUCACUUGAGCACGGGCUACAGUUGUGUUAUCGUGCUCGACCCAAAGAUAAAAGAUGAAUGUUGUUGCAAAGGCAGUGUAAUGAUUGCAAAAAUGCACUAGUCACCAGGCCAUCCUUUUGGAAGUCACCAUCGACAUGGCCUCUGACAUGGAUGUGCAGAUCAAGGCCCUGAAGGUUCCCAUUGGCGUGAAACGCUUGAGCAUAUCGGGGCAGCUGAAUGUCCUUUUCCACCCUGUGUCCUCGAAGCCGCCCUUCUUCGCUGGUGUCACGGUGUUCUUUGUUGACCCACCUGAGCUGGACAUGGACUUCACCGGCGCUGCUGACUUUGUGGAUUUGCCGGUGCUCCGUCAGGUGGUAAGGUCCACAAUCCUGGAUGCAGUAAGGGGCUUGGCAGUGUUGCCUGCUCGCAUUGCCGUGGAUCUCAAUCCGGAUGAUGAUACGGAUCAGGCGGAUCUGAGUUACCCGCCGCCCAAGGGUGUGCUGCGAGUCUUGGUUAAGAGCGCCAAGGGCUUGCGCGCGGCAGACCUGAAGCUGUCAGGGGCUUCCUCUGACCCUUAUGUAAUGAUCGAGGUUGGACAGCAGCAAUGGAGGUCAAGUGUGAUUGAGAAAAGCCUGAAUCCUGUGUGGGAGCAUGGUAAUGUCGUGGAUCUCUUGGUCUAUGAGCCGGGGCAAAAGGCAAACUUAUGGGUUUUCGACAAGGACCGCUUCAGUAAAGAUGAUUUGCUUGGAGUUUCCAAGGGCGUGGUUCUAGAGCAAUAUUUGAAUGCGAAGACCCCGCAAGACUUCGUCUUGCCACUCUUCUUCGAAGGCAAGGAAGCCGGCAGCCUCACGGUUGGUGCACGUUGGUUCGAGCUCAGCGCUGCUGUCCCGCGCAGCUUUCCAUCUGCUGUAGCGAGGGGCCCCUCACAGGUGUUGCUGGUAGUGAAGCUCUUAGGCAUAUGCAACUUGCCCAAGACCUACAAACCACCAUUUCAAGUGAAAAUCACCUGCAAUGGGCAUCAGCUGCUGACGAAGAAGAGCACACCUCCAAGCAACAUUCGUCCUGUGGCAGAGGAGGUGGCAGACAUUGCACGGCGUUUGAAACUCGCGAACCACAGCCUGCAGCAGAUAUCCGAGAUCACCAGCCUGGAGCCUCAAUCCGUGAAGCUGGCACUAGCCCAGCACAGUCCUUCGAGCUUCUCACGCGCGCGGAAGGAAGCAACCCAGGAGAUGAGUGCAACACAGCCUGUGUUCAACCAAGUGAUGUAUUUGCUGCUGCCCUGGACUGAGAAGGUGGCCAGAGGGACCGUGGUGCUAACGCUGCUGGACCGUCAGGAUCGGCCCGUCGCGAAGCCCAUCACCAAACGUCUCAACGACGUGAUUGGCACUGUGGAGGGUGGCUUCCAGCUCCACGGCGGUGGGACGCUCAAUGGACGGCUGAGCACCUCUUGGUUGGCGAUCCCCAGUUGAGCGGAAAAAGUGAUGCCAAAGCUGUUUCGAGCUGGAGGAGGUGCUUGGUGUUUGUCAGUCUAUAUAAGUGACCUAAGUAAAUAAGCCCUUCGCAAGUUUGUAGUACUGAAGUGACCUCAAUAUAUCAGUACAAGUGCUUCACAAGUUUGUAGUGCCAAGAUGCGAGAGAUAGUUGCCAAUAUUGAGACUUUUGAAAUAGAUGUGCCUAAAAUCGUCUAAAUUCAUCAAAGCCAUGAACGGUGCACUGCCAAAAGCUUUGAACAAUUUUGAUAGGAAAACGGAAAACGUGCUGUUUUUGGACUCAUCUUAGGUAUGGAGGCACGCGCGGGCUUGUGAAGCGCACAGGUGUAUGGAGAAGGUAUGUGAAAAAGCCGCAAGAUUCACACA